GUUAUAUCUUUUAAGAAUUACGGGCAUCUUGGUGUUGUGUAUUUAUAAAAGAGAGAAGGUAUAAAACAUGAAGCUGCCGCUGUGUGAUCACCCCCCUAUAAGAACAGAGAUGGUAUGUACCCGGUAGUGUUGAUAGCUGAGCAGCUCGGUGCAGUUUGUUGUUGUUGGGGGAAUUUUUGUGUAGCGGUAAUUCUCUCCUCUCCGCCGCUUCCGGUGUAACGGUUAGAUAAGGAGUUCGGUUUCCUCCAUCUUUAUUAUUUUCGUUUGUAGUGAAGCGGUAGGUUAUUUCCCUCCUCGUCCUCCCGCCAUGGCUCUGCGCGGCAGCGUCGGGGCCUCGGCGUUACCCAGCGAGCUAAUCGUUCACAUCUUCUCGUUCCUGUCGGAGCGGGACAAGCUGCGGGCCUCGGCCGUGUGCACGCGCUGGAGGGAGUGUCUGUUUUACCCCGCACUGUGGAGCGAGCUCAAACUGUGCUUCGGUACCGGGAUCGGAACCGGAUCAGGAUCAGGACCAGGACAAGGAUCGGGAUCGGGAUCAGGAUCCGGACCGGAAGAGGACACCCCGAGGCUCCAGUUCCUCAUGCGACGGUUCGGCUCGUUCGUGCGCGAGCUGCAGCUGGAGUUCGGCCCGUUGGACGCGUGCGGAGAAGAACCGCAGAGUCACGAGCGCUGGAGAACCGCAACGCUCACCUACCUGCAGCACGCGCUGUGUGUGUUCAGCAACCUGAGGAACAACAGGAACCUGCAGAAGCUCAGUGUGUACGGAGACACCUUCGUUCUUCAGGACGAGGUUCAGCAGGACGGCUCUUACCUCAGCCAGGUCGACCGAGGAGGCAAGAAGAUCAAAGAGAUGCAGCAGCUUUUUAAGGACUUCCUGUCGAACACGAGACAGUUGAAGUGGCUCUCCUGCUCCUUCAUGCCGGGCGUUUUAACCCCGCGCUCUCUGUCCUCGCUGUCCAACCCGAGUACUGAGACCCUGCAUCACCUGAGUCUCCUGGACCACCAGACCUCCAGCCUGCUGCUGUCCUCAGAGCUGCAGCGUCUCUCCAACCUGCGCUCGCUCUCCAUCGACUACUGCAGCUUUUCCUCCUCCAUGUGCCAGCUGUUAGCCGACCCCAACCGAGCGCCGCUGUUGCGUUUAUCUCUGCUGCUCAACGGCACCGCCCUGGAGGCCGACUCUCUUGACUGCACCGCGUCCGAUUCGGACCUGACGGCUCUGACGAGGCGAAACGCAGACCUGCGCGUGUUCCUGAUGGCGCUGGAUGUGUGUGACGAAGUGCUGGAGAGGGUCCUGAAGCCCAGCCUGCCUCUGGAGCGGAUCCACGUGGACAGUUACAUCGCGCCGCUCAGAGACACCUUCCUCGAGCGCGUCUCACUCCAGUACCACAAAACGCUCACGCACUUCGUCCUGACGAGAGACGACGGACGAUUCCCCGACCUCAGCGGAAACCGAAACGAGGACCCACUGGUGCUGCUGGCGUGGCGCUGUGUUCAUCUCUCUGUGCUUGUCAUCCACGGUUACACGCUGUGGUCUCACAACCUGGUGGCCAUCUCUCGGCUGCGUGGCUCGAGUCUGCGCGUCCUGGACGUUUUGGAGGAGGGCAUCGACUUCGACCCGGACCAGGCCCUGUUCUCUACGGGCGACCCGGUGCAGACGCUGGUGAAGGAGGUGUCGCAGGGUCUGGGCCGCGCCUGGCACCCGUCCAUCGCCACAGAGAACAGCGCCAUCAUCAGCGACCCCAUGCUGCACUUCCACCGCGAGAUGCAGAGCUUCAGCGAGAACGUCUAGAGUCUCUCUCUCUUUCUCUUCUUCUUCUUUUUUUUUUUUCUCUUCUUCUAGUGUGUGUCUAUUUGUUCUGCUGAUCACACCCACUGCGAGGUCCUUUACACUCUUCUACGUGCUCGUUUACAGAUGCGCGCGCGCACACACACACGCACACACACACACACACACACACACGUUCGUGUAGCGUGCACGUGUAUGUACGAGCUACACUUCCCCUUUUUUUUUUUCUUCUUUUCCCCCUCUUCUGUUUCUGUAUGUACCGCUGCUCUCACCUCCACUAUGAGGCAGUGAACGUGUCAAGUUUUAUUUAAUCCUUUCCUGCUUUUACGUUCUCACUUCUCUCUCUGUCUUUUCUUUCCCUCGCAGUGGGACUUAACGCUCUGUAUUUGUACGUAAUAUGCCAGUUACAUCUUUUUAUUUCUUUUUAUUUCCUGUGUGAAUGAAUCCUCUGUAUUUCCUCUGUAUGUGCCGUGUUUAACCAGUAUUAUUAGUGCUUAUAUAUUUAUAUCGGUCUAUAUAUCCUGCUUACGGAUAGCCGCCUAUAAGUUUGGUAGCUCGCUGAUGAAUGGAUGCUAGAGAGGGGCUUUAUUAUUAUUAUUAUUAUUAUUAUUAUUAUUAUUAUUACUUAACUGCUUCGUUCCUAAAAUCUCAAUCUGGAGUUACCUCAGACUAUCAGCUCCAUCACGAUCAGGCGAGACGAGUCUUCCAGCUGAGCGCGAGAAGCUGAGAGAUGAUUGGCUGGAACCUGGCAGCCUUCCACUUUGUUCAUCACUUCCUGUUGGUUAGAUUUCUUGGUGAUAGUGAUGAUGAUGAAGGUGGUGGUGUGUUUUUGUUUUGGAAGUGUACACUUUGGCUGAGCGUUUCCGAUUAUAGACGCUUCACGAAGAGUCCUUUAGCACAAUAUCGGGACUCUUGCUCUGUCUCAGGUAGGAGAACGGAGAUGAUGAUGAUGAUGAUGAUGAUGAUGAUGAUUUCAGUUACUUUCAAUCGUUCUAGUCGGUUUGUUUUUAAUUUGAUUCUCCUCCCGAGAUCUCAGGUCACAGGAUCUCAGGAUCUCGAUACUUUUUCCUCUUUGGGCUGAGCUGUUUGUUGUUUGAGCUCUUCCAGUCUACACACGCUGUUUGUCUGUUGUUUUUUUUUUUUAAUUUUAUAUAUACAUAUAUAUAUUUUUAUGAGCUUUUUCUCUUCGCUAUUUUAAAGCUCGUACAGGGAAAUGGGGGGAAACAGGAAAACAUCCUGCUUUGCGUUUAGUGUUCAAACGUGGACGUUGAACUCUUCCCAAAAGGUGCACUUUUUGAAAGUUUGGAACGAAAGGUCUAGACCGACGUCGUACGUGGAAGAUGGACGUGUUUGACCGUGCGCUGACCAGAUCUCGUGCUCUCCACGGGCGGCUCAGGUGGACGCAAAGCCAACACGUUUGAGGAAAAAAAAAACGGCUGUCCGUACGAAUCGUGCUGCCAAAAAUGUUUAAGCGAUAACGAUAUUGCGUGAUGGAAAUAUCAUGAUGCGUCGUAUAAUCGGUUAUCGGCACACACCUAGACGAAGAAGCCAUGCAGGAAAAACUCAUUUUUUUAUAUUUUGUUAUAGUGAUCGCAGUGUCUCGAGUGUGUAAGGCAGAAUAUCAGCCAAAACAAGGCAAAUCGCGCAGUGAGCCGCAUCAAGCGCGUGUGUGUGUUUUAGUUGCGCUUUGAUGAGUGUGCAUGAGAACAUGUGAGGAGGAACCGUUUUAAAACCCUGCAUGCCGAUUAGUGCGUGUUUACCUUUCUAUUUUAGUAUCAUACCAAAAACCUAGAGAAGUGUUCUAUAUUUGUACAUUUAUUUUUUUUUCUUUCCUUUUUUUUUUUCUCGUCUUCUUUCUUUCGUCGUCGUCAUACGAGUCCGAGGGAGAAGAAUGCUGAACGCGCUAAGGCGUCUGUGCCGUGCCUAAAUCCAGACUAGCUAUCACGCUUGUGUUCGUGUGUAACGUGUUACUGACCUAGCGUAUUUAAAGCAUCUAUGGUGUGUUUGUGUGUGUGUGUGUGUGUGUGUGUGUGUGUGUGUGUGUGUGUGUCGGAGCAGGAGGAGCGAACCACUUUUUCUCAGCGGUGAACAGGAAACAGCCGUUCUCAGGGUGUGUGUGGGCAAAAGCGCAGGUUCAGCUCAGGCCUCUUUAACCGAGCCGAUUCAUCACGGCUCACGAUAUCCUCACGAUAUCACGUUAAGAAACUCUUUUAAGUGCGUCUCGUUCAGCCCGAAAAAGGACAUGACGGCCGUCCUCAUGUUAAUCGGAUGGAGUCUGUAAUUUGAAGAUCUCCGUGGUGGUGAUGUCAUGAGCAGAUGGGUAAGCUCUGCUGAAAUUAAAUGCAGAGAGGAGAAUGUAUCACGAUGUAUCGUUGCAUCGAUUUAUCGGCGUCUACCUACGCAAAAAAAAAAUAAAAAAAAACGGAAAAGAAAAAAGUGAGUCACUGGAAUUUCAUUUUGUCGGCUGCCAAAGAUCUGAGAGACGCCUCGGCUCGGUUCUCGAAUGAUUAUUUCCCGCCGCUCCGGGGCUUCGACUGCGGCGUGUUGGGGUACCGCAGCUGUGCUGUGGCGUUGUUAUUAUUCCGGGUUAACACCAGUAGAUCUCUCGUAUAUAAAUGCACCUGUUUUCACUGUGAAGAGCGAAUGUACUUUAACCCGAGGUCUUUCUAUCAGACCUGCUAUAAGCUGCUAUGAGACGUGUAAGGAACAUUCCACUGGGGAGUCGAAAAAAAAAAAAAAAACACGGCCAAAAUGUCUGCAUGAAAUACAGAUACCUUCCUUCUUUUUUUUUUUUUUUUUUUCUUUUUGAAUAAUUUUAUUUCCUCCCUUUGUUUUUAUUUGUGUUUGUUUUUUCCUGAUUCGGAUCCGAGAGUCAGCAGGCGAUUGGGAUCUAACAUAUACAGUAACGGUGCCUCCGUUUUUGCUACGUGGAAAGGAGAUUUGUUUUCUUCCUAGAGCAGUUAAUGGAUCUUUUUCAUUUCAGUCGCAUGUGCUUGGGUGCGUAGUGACCUCACACCAGUCAGUGAGACAAGAACGAUAUAGAACGAUUAGGGAUGGGGGGGAGGAACCCUCUGUAACGGCUCUCGGCUGGUUUAACAUUUCAACCACAUCAAAACAAACUAUGCAAGUGGAAAUGCGUACGAUCCGUGCGAUGCAGACGAUCCAGUGGCUCUUAACCAUUUUUCUUUCUGUCACUUAAACGGAAACGUCACUCGCAAUUACACUUGGCCUUAUUCUUCUUCUUCUUCGUCUUCUUAUUAAUAUUAUGACUAUUAUUAUUGUUUUAAGAUCUCGAUUCUUCGGAAGCCGACUCCGUUCCGUGGGUUCAGACGUGGUCUCUGUGAGACUGGCCAGCAGGCCCCAGUUAUUAAUACGUGGUACGAAUGUUGUGCAUUUGUUUAAAAUCAGGAUAGUCUGCAAUAACGCAGUGGCCAUCAGUGGGGCGUGUGCAGUGCUAAGACCGCACUGCACUGCUUAUAAACGUCACGGCGAGGUAAAAUCACGCGGAUAGGUGUCGGGCGUGUGCAGUUUUAGACUUUAUAUCGCAAUAUUUCUGACUAAUCUACAAAGAAACACGCUUUUUUCCCCAUUUGAUCAAAAAUAUGAAACCAGAAGCAACUUUUAUGCCAGUCUUAAGUGUUAACGUUAGGGGCGGAGCUUCAGUUCAAUUUGAUCAUCCAAUCACAGACGUGGUCAUGUUAGAUCGCUAGCUUUUGUUUUCGUUUCCUCAGCGUAAAAAGUAAGACAGAGCUUACUUUAUGGCGCAGUACAAUAAUUUAUAGCAUUGUUAGCUAGUGUUACUGUCAUCUCUGUUGCAGUAGAGCUCAGAUAUUGCAUAGCUAGCUAAAAUUUACAUAAACUAUUUUUAUUGUAAUAUAAAACUGGUAUAUGCGCUGUCUAGCAAGUUAGCUAAUGUUAAUUAGGCUGUUUAUUGUGUAGAAACCAGUAGACUUUUUUUUUCUUUUUUCUUUUCCUCUAGAAAGCUAAUAACUAUGAGCUAAAUUACCUAGCUUGUGUUAGGUGAACUGUCAUAUUGUGUAAUUGCAGUCUGUAAAUUAUGCUAAAGCACUACGUCAAAGAAAUGCAAAAGUGUGCGAUUGGUUGAUCAGUAAACUCUGCUCUUGUCAACUGAGAAACAUUGGCACGGUGAGGACAUUUCAAAAUUUUAUCUCUCAUUUUGAGUAUUGCGAUAUAACGCUAUUCGACACACGCCUCAUGGGUAUGUGUGUGUAUGUAUAUAUAAAUAUAUAUUUCACAAUAUGUACCUCAAUGCCGCAUCUAAUAUAAAUCUGUGUGUCCGGGUUCUGUUUAUGAACAUGGAGAACGUUUAUAAGCGUCGUUUUUGUUUUUGCAACAAAAAAAUAAUGUAAGAAAAACUGGUUUUACCAUCUUAAAGAAGUGUAAUAUUUGGGCAGGUGUGUUGUGUCUGCUCUUUUGUCUCCAGUGAGCACAUAGCAUUGGAUUUUAUAUGUACAUCUCCAAACAGGAAGUCCUCUGGCACACGGGGUGAACAUGCCAGGCAGUGAGGGAUUUUAAUCGUAUACAGAAAGAGAUCUGAGAUCUGUUUCACCGUAAAAACGAAGGAAAAAACCUACGAUCCAAACAAACCGUAACAGACGUGUUGGAGAAAACCAGCAUGAUUGUUGAUUUGAAUCAAUGUGGAAUGAAUGCAAUUUCUUUUAAUCGGUAAAUAAAAGUGAUUAAAAAAGAAACCUGCCUCUGUAUUUUUUUAAUUUUUAAAAAAAAUUUUUUACAUUUUUUUUUUUUUUUUAGAUUUGAUAUUUUGAUAUGAACAUUAACCUUUUGACACGUAACAAUAUGGUAAAUUCCUGAAAGAGUUUUCAGUAUGUUCUUCAAACUAACAUUUCUCAAACAUUUAAACACCAUAGUUUUCACAUACACUGGUUUAUUUCACAACCAUGUAGGAACAACACUUUGAUUUAUUUACAGUUUAUAAUCACUUUAAAGAUUUUAAAAUGAAUCAUCUACACCUGUGUUUGGUGAAUGAACUAAAUUACAUAAGUCCCGCCCCUUGGGGGAAAAAAGAGCCAAUCGCAGAGCUGGAAAAGACGUCCGCUGACAACAUUGACCUAUCAUAUUUUUUACCUUGACGCGCGCGCCUAUACGAAGAUAUAGCGCCUUGCUCCGUUAGUGAGUGAAAAACGCGCAUGCGUAGUAGCAAAACCAUUCUUUAAAAUACGUUUUUUGGGGCGUUAUUGCGGUGCAAGGCCACCCGUUUCUGUCAGAUUUUAACAGCCAUUUCAGUUCCGUGUUAGAAACGUCGUCUUGUGGAUCAGUUUAUGAUGUACACCUGCCGCCGUAUUUAAAUAGAUAUGAGCCUGGUUUUUAAUGACUGCUCGCGAGCGUCGCCAAGAUGGCCGCCGAGCGGAAAGAAUUUACUAGAAGGACCUGGUUUUGGUGAAAUUGUUUAAAGUCCAUCAUGACACAACUGCUAAAUUAACUCCAGAAUAAUGGAGUAAAUGCAGUAGUAACAGUUUCAUGAGCCACAACAUGACCGACUUUAAACUGUGUAACUGUGGACAGGCUACUGUCAUUUUUAUAUACAGGUUACGCAUACAUUAAACUUUAUAGUUUAAAGUUUAAAUCAUUUAUUUCAAUUACACAACAAUAUAAUGAGCAUUUUGUAAUUCGUUUCAUACUAAUCACUUGAAAUAAAGCGAUUCCAGAACAAAAUCCAUAUAUAAUAUCGGCCGUUUAGUUGUCAUGUUGUUUUCAGCUCUCUGUGAGCUUUCCUUUUAUGGAGGUUUGUGGGUGUGGCUAAAUGUAAAUCACUUGUGCCAUGAAGGCAUGGUAAUUUGCAGCUGAUUGGCAUUCAUUAUAGAGUAUAUUAAAAAAUCAUAAUCGAAAUAUAUAGUUUAUUAUUACUUUUUUUAUUUUAUUAAAAGCUAUAGAGUAUAUUCUAAUU